AUGGGACACUAUAAUGUUGUGCAACUUCUGGUUGAUGGAGGAUCCAACAUUGAAGCCUCAAACCACCAUCUGGAAACCCCUGUUAGACACGCAAUACUUGGCGACCAAAUCAACGCCGUGCAACUUCUUCAUCGGCGUGGAGCUGCUCUCACCCUUGAAGAUAAAUGGGGGGGCUAUGCUCUUCAAAAGUGGGUGUGGUUGAAUUGCCACCGGGUGCUUAAAUACUUGCUGGGCUUGCGACUCAGACUUGAUCAGAGGCAUCAGGGGAGAGGAAUAAUACUGCACACAUUAGCUGAGUUAGGAGAUCUUCAUACAAUAGAGAUUUUCCUAGAAAUAAAGCACUAUAGUCUUGCCAAUAUUGAUCCUACGGAAGCCAACGCAUGGGGCUGGCCAGCGAUGGAUCAUUUGGAGUCUAGACCGAAUGCCGGAGAGCUGAGAGAGCCGUCCCUGAGAGUCCUGAAGCAUGUGAAGCUAGCACGACAAUAUAACAAAGAAGACUCUCUUGCUUCAUUGGAUGUGGAUAGAAGUCUGGUGGAAGAGAAGGGCGCUGGUGAGCAGGACGAGUUUUUUCCUGAUGCCUUGAAUUCCAGUCUUGCGGCAUUUAUUACAGGAGUAGGGGAGAGUGGAGGAGGGUAUUGA